CUAGAUGGCUAAAAAUAAUGGUACAUCACGUUUCUAAGGUAUUCCCGCUUUUGAACGCUUCACUUCCAUUUUCAAAUUUCAGAGUUUCAGAACAAAACUCAACACUUCAUUUAUACACGCUUCACUUCUUUCUUCUUCUUCAAUGGCUCCUUACUUCGUGUUCCCUCGCUCUCUCUCAGAGCUCGAGCAAGAGCCCCAAGAUUCCAACCGUCUCUACGCUCAGAACCCUCACCAAAUCUCUUCUAUUCGCUCCUCCCAACUUGAAGAGUUCGUCAAAGGUGUGUCCUUUGAUCUCUCCGACAGGGAACUUUUCUGCGUGGAAGACCAGGAUGUUUUUGAUCGUGUCUACUCGCUGAUUCGAGACUAUGCUAGUCUUCCCCCAUCUUGUAAAUUCAAUCUCGUGGAAACUCUACGCUCAAAUUUCAGUGUGCUUCUCCCCAAUGUUGAUUCCCUCUCAAGGGCUUCUCAAGGCCACGAAGAUGAAAUUCCAGUGCUGGAUCGCCUUGCUUCUCAUCGUAAUGCUUUCAAAAUAUAUAUGUUCUUCCUUUUCAGCAUUGUUCUUGCUGAAGAGUCAAACAAAAGCAGUUCCGGGAACAGCUCCAAGGUGGGAACAGGUGCCAAGAAGAAACAUGCUGUGAAUUCAUGGGAUUGGGAGGUACAAAGGGGUAGAAUACUUGGUCUUAUUGCUAACUCGUUGGAGAUCAACCUUGAAAUGAUUUUUGGUUCGUCGGACCCUGAUGAAAGUUUUCUUUCUUUUAUUUCCAAGAAUGUAUUCUCUUUGUUUGAGAAUGUGGCACUCUUAAAAGACUCCGAUGUAAAAGAUGCUCUCUGUUCCAUGGUUGGAUCUUGUUCCACGAAGUACCAUUAUGUGGAACAGUCGUGUGCAUCCAUCAUGCAUAUGAUUCACAAAUUUGAUUUUGUUGUCACGCACAUUGCUGAUGCAAUUGCUGGUGCGGAGAAGAAGUAUGGAGAUGCAACCCUGGCCACCUCUCUUAUCAGAGAUAUUGGAAGGACUAAUCCGAAAGAUUAUGUAAAGGAUACUGUUGGGGCAGAGAAUGUUGGGCACUUUCUUGUAGAGCUUGCUGACCGACUUCCAAAAUUGGUUUCCACUAACAUUGGCAUUCUUGUUCCUCACUUUGGUGGGGAGUCCUAUAAGAUCAGAAAUGCCCUGGUUAGUGUGCUAGGGAAGCUAAUAAUGAAGGCAUUCAAGAAUGUUGAAGGUGAUGUGAGCUCUAGAUCCAUUCAUCUGCGUACUAAGCAGGCUAUGUUGGAAAUUUUGCUUGAACGUUGUAGAGAUGUUUCAGCUUAUACAAGAAGCCGAGUUCUUCAGGUGUGGUCAGAAUUAUGUGAAGAACAUUCUAUUUCAAUUGGUCUGUGGAAUGAAGUUGCAGAAGUUGCUGCUGGAAGAUUGGAGGACAAGAGUGCAAUUGUCAGAAAAUAUGCUUUAAAUCUACUAAUUAAUAUGCUGCAACACAACCCUUUUGGUCCACAGCUUCGAAUAUCUUCAUUUGAAGCAACCUUAGAACAGUAUAAGAAGAAGAUAAAAGAGCUUGAACCAGACAUGCCUACAGAAGAUGUACCUGGUGAUUUAUCAGCUGAGGAUGUUAAAUGCAAUGGUGAUGGUGGAUUGGACAAUUUAAAUUCUGAAGCUGUUGCAACGGAAUAUCAAGAUAGUUUAACUGAUACUUGCAUGUCCCAGAAAGAAGCGACUCUGCAGGACAGUAAUCUUCCAGAUGUUGGGAGCUUGGAGCAGACGAGGGCCUUGGUUGCGUCGCUUGAGGCUGGACUAAGUUUCUCUAAAUGCAUAGGUGCUGUAAUGCCAACAUUAGUCCAACUGAUGGCUUCUUCUUCUGCUACUGAUGUUGAGAACACAAUUCUCUUGUUGAUGAGGUGCAAACAGUUUCAAAUUGAUGGAUCAGAGGAAUGCCUUCGAAAAAUGUUGCCACUGGUAUUUUCUCAAGACAAAUCCAUCUAUGAAGCUGUGGAGAAUGCUUUCCAAACAAUAUAUAUCAGGAAGAACCCUGUUGAAACUGCCAAGAACCUCUUUAAUCUUGCUAUUGAUUCCAAUAUCGGAGAUCUAGCAGCUCUUGAGUGUAUAGUUGGGGCCCUGGUCUCUAAGGGUGAUAUAUCUUUGAACACUAUAUCAGCUCUCUGGGAUUUCUUUUGCUUCAAUGUUGAUGGAACCACUGCAGAGCAAAGUCGAGGCGCUCUAUCUGUCCUUUGCAUGGUUGCAAAGAAAUCAGAUGUUGUAUUGAGCUCACAUUUGGUGGACAUAAUUGAUAUUGGGUUUGGUCGUUGGGCUAAAGUUGAUCCUUUGCUUGCUCGGACAGCAUGUCUUGCUAUCCAGAGAUUGUCUGAUGAUGACAAGAAAAAGCUGUUGGUCUCUAAUCAUGCUCGGAUAUUUGGUAUUCUAGAAAGUUUAAUCACUGGUUAUUGGCUUCCAAGUAACAUUUGGUAUGCUGCUGCUGACAAAGCAAUAGCUGCUAUAUAUUCAAUCCAUCCAACCCCAGAAACAAUGGCAGCUAAUUUUGUUAAAAAAUCUGUUAGUUCUGUAUUCAACGAUGGUGGGAGUGAUGUGCAGAGUGAUACUGAGAUUAGUAAUACUGGCAUACUCACCACAGUUCAAGUAGCAAAACUUGAAAGAUGUUUAUUUGUCAUAAGCCAUACAGCCAUGAAUCAACUAGUGUAUAUUGAAUCUUGUGCCCGUAAAAUCCAGAAGCAGAAGAGAAUGAAUGGGAGAAAGGACUCUGAGAAUGAGACAAUAGUCAAUAAUGGCACAUUGACUGGUACUCAGAAGGAUAAUGAUAUAAAUGCGGAACUAGGAUUUACUGCCUCUGAGGAUGCUGCUCUUGAUGCCUUGUUCGAGAAAGCAGAGAAAGAAAUAAUAUCAGGUGGCUCAAAUGAAAAGAAUUUGAUUGGAGUGUGUGCAACAUUUUUGUCAAAGCUUUGUAGAAAUUUUGGGCUAAUGCAGAAGUAUCCAGAAUUACAGGCAUCAGCUAUGCUGGCAUUGUGUAGAAUGAUGAUUAUAGAUGCAGAUUUCUGUAAUGCAAAUCUCCAACUCCUCUUCACAGUUGUGGAGAGCUCGCAGUCUGAAAUUGUUCGCUCUAAUUGUACUAUUGCAUUAGGAGAUUUAGCAGUUCGGUUUCCAAAUCUGUUAGAACCAUGGACAGAGAUGAUGUAUGCCCGCUUACGGGAUCCUUCUGUAUCUGUCAGGAAGAAUGCUGUUCUGGUGCUUUCACAUCUUAUACUAAAUGAUAUGAUGAAGGUGAAAGGUUACAUCAAUGAAAUGGCUGUGAGAUUAGAAGAUGAUGAUGAGAGGAUUUCAAGCCUAGCAAAGCUAUUUUUCAAUGAACUGUCUAAGAAAGGAAGCAAUCCAGUAUAUAAUUUACUUCCAGAUAUACUUAGCAAAUUGUCCAAUCAGAAUCUGAGCAAGGAUUCUUUUUGCAAUAUCAUGCAAUAUUUGAUAACUUCCAUCAAGAAGGAUCGACAAAUGGAAGCCCUUGUUGAAAAGCUAUGUAAUUACUUUUCUGCAGACGUCAGACAAUGGGAACACAUAUCCUAUUGUCUCUCUCAGCUAGCAUUUACUGAAAAAGGGAUGAAAAAACUCAUAGAGUUAUUUAAGACAUAUGAGCAUGCCUUGUCAGAGGAUUCUGUUAUGGAUCAUUUCAGGAGCAUCUUAAACAAGGGGAAGAAGUUUACAAAACCUGAACUCAAAUCUUGCAUUGAGGAGUUUGAGGAUAAGCUGAAUAAGUUUCACAUGGAAAGAAAGGAGCAAGAAGUUACCACUAGAAAUGCCAGAAUUCAUCAGCAGAAAAUUAGCAGCAGGGAAGGUUUUGUUGUAGCUACAACAUCAGAAGAACCGGAUGAAACAGAUGGGGAAGUUAUUGAUCCAGGCACCAAAAUGACUGCUUCGCCUUCAAAUGAUAAAUCAAAAGGGAGACCUUUUAGGUCAGAAGAUCAUUCGGGUUCCUCGAGCGAGCUGAUAGAAUCAGAUCAAGAUGAUGCCGAGGUCUCAUCUGUGGUUAAAACUAAAGGAUUUUCCCAGUCCAGAACUAAGAAAAGCGGCAUAAAGGACAACAAUGGGAAUAUGUCCAGAACUAAGAAAAACAUCAUGAAAGAUGGAAAUGGUGAUGUCUCUGUGACCAAAACUAGGCGCAAUACCCGAUCAAGGAGGAGGACAAAUAUCAAUACAUUUGAAUUGAGAAAGAAAAGAGAAGUGAAACAACUCUUUGUGGCUGAAGUAGAUGAAGGGGUUCAGCUUGAGUGA